GCGCCUUAAAUUUUACUCGUAAGUAAACGCAAAAAAAACUUCAAAACUUUUGUUGUCAAAAAUGCCUGCUAAGCGAGGUAAAAGAGCUGUAGUUGAGGCUCAGAAUUCAGGAGAAGGAUCUUCUGAAAAAAAGCCAAAAACUUCACCAAAAAACUCAAAAACAGAAACUAAAACAUCUCAUCGUAUCUGCAUUGAUCAUUGUACAUCAUGAUCAAUGUUUAAACGCAGAGCUAAUGAGAUUUUUGCUGAGUUGACUGUUUUAAUACCUGAUCAUAACUUUGAGUUGGAACUGAAUUCAGAAGGCAAACCAAAAAGAGGUUCAUUCGAAAUUCAUAUCAUAAAAGCUGGAUCAGAUAAGAAAAUAGAAAUUUGGAGCGGUCUUAACCGUGGACCACCAAGAAAAGAAAAGUUUCCAACCAGUGAAUCUCUCGUUCCAAUCAUCACCAAAGCCAUCAAUUAAAAGCUUUCUUUUGAAUUGAAAUUUGCAAUUUAUGAUGAGAUUAGAGUAAAGCUCAUUGAGACCUCUAAUCUCUGAUGAUUUCUUGUAAUUUCUAAUUCAUAAGAAAAGUUUGAAGUUCAAAUAAAUAAAAUUUUAUUUCUUUUUCAUACACACAAACAGUCAAUCCACCCACACAAUUCAAAUAACAAUAAAAUUCUUAAGUUCAACCAAAGCUACUUUGAAGUUUGUGAAAAUAUUCCAUGUCAACUUGAUUCAACGAUGAAACAAAUUGUGUUAAAGAUUUCUUAAAAUCUUCCAAUCCAACAUGAAUCUUAUCAGCAAUCAUGUCGUCGUCGUUGCAUUUUUCAUCUUCAUAUUUCUUAACUUGCUUUCUUACAGCACUCAACCAAGCAUUUGAACAAAUUGAAUAAAGAUCAGCACCAGUUACAUCAGGUUGAAUAAGUUCAGCGAUUUUCUUUGUUGUUAAAUCUUUUUUUAGUUGAAACUUUUUCGUUAAUGCUUUGACGACAAGUUCUUUGUCAUCGAUUGUAAUGCAUGGACCAACAUAAAGCAUUUUAUCGAAUCUCCCCGGUCGAAGAAGUUGUUUGUCAAUUAAGUCAGGUCGAUUUGUUGCAGCAAGAAUGAAAACUGGUUUCUUUGGAUCAGCAUCAACUCCGUCCAUUUCUGAUAGCAAUUGGGACACGACACGAUCCAUAACUCCACCAGAAUCGCCAGCAACACCACGAUUUGGAGCUAAUGAGUCGAGUUCAUCAAGAAACACGACACAAGGUGCAGAUGCUCUUGCUUUUGCAAACACUUCUCUCACAUUCUGUUCUGAUUGACCAACAUACAUGUUGAGUAAUUCAGGACCUUGCACUGACAAGAAACUUAAAUUACAUUCAGUUGCAACUGCUUUAGCGAUGAGCGUCUUUCCAGUUCCUGGCGGUCCAAAAAGCAGAAUUCCUGAUCGCUUUAAAUUCUUUCUCAUAAUCAAAUGAGAAUAGCGAAGUGGCAAUCCAAUGCUGUUCUGAAUUUCGGUUUUUAAAUUUGCUAAGCCUCCAAUAUCAUCCCAUUUGACUCGAGGAAUCUCAGGCGUUCCAAUACUAUCACUAAAGCAUUUCUUUAUUUCAGCAAGUUGCUUCUUAAAUGUAUCUUCGUUUAACUGGAAGUUUCUUGGAUCAUCAGAGAAGUCGUCGAUUGAUUUUUGAUAUAAAACACGUAAAUCACCAAGAAUAAAACCUUGCGUUUGUUCAGCAAUGCUACGCAAUAUUUGCAAAUCUUUCUGAUCAACAUAUUUGAAGAUGUUAAUGUUGAUGUAGUUUUCAAUCUUUCCAAUCUUUAUCGCAUAACAUAAACGAUCGAAAUACUCACGCUGAUGAUACCAAAGAAGUGAUCGAAAACGUUCUUCUUUCUCCAUUGGAUGAAUUGCGAUCGUUUCUAAGAAAAGUCCGCUAAUUUUCUUCGACUUCAAAGGCUGAUUGCUGUUCACUAACGCAACAAUGAUGAUGGGAUUGUCAAAGUUAUGUUUCGUGAAUAACUUCUCCAAUUCAACUCUGAAGAAGUUAAUGACACGAUCAUCUUCAUGUCCUUCAUUAUUUUUCCCGAAAAACUCAAAAUCAUUGAAACAAAGAAUGACCGGUUGACAAUUUGUCGCACGAUGCAAAGUGUAAAGAAUUUUCUGUUCAGUUUGUGUUGGAAUUGACGUGACAAUAUCACAACAUUCUGCAAAGUGUAAAUGAAUUCCAAGACUGUCAGCAACUGAUUGAAGAACUUUUCGUUUCCCACUGCCACGUUCACCCAUUAAUUGAAUGAUGGGGAAAAUUUUUCGUGCUUUAAGCAUCGAUUUUGAUGCUUCUGAUGAUGCCACAAAAGGCAUAAGUGAAGACUUCAAACUUUCAUAAACGUUGUUCAAUCCUGAUGGAUAAUUUGUGAUGAAAUGAUCUCCAAAUGUUACUUUUGGUACUUGGUAGUUAAUUGUCGUCAUCUGAUGUAAACUUGUUAGAUUUCGAACGACAAUCCCAGCGAGAUCAAAUGAACUUCCUCUCGAUUCAAGAUGAACACAUUUGAAGUAAAUUCUCUUAAGUUUUGUAAUUAAUUCAAAAUUCUCGCAAAAUAUAAAAUUUCCGAGUUCAUCUUCUGUCAAGUCUAAACGAUAUGUGUGGUUUCGAUAAAGCAAUCGUGGUUUCUUGAAAUAUUCACUCAGAACAUCGUCAACGAAUGUGCUUGAAACAUCGUAAGGCGAAUUAACGAGAAAAAUGUUGGCUUUUGUUGAGAUCGUUGGCAAUUUCUGCGUUGCUGCCAACAUCGACAUGUUGACGUAAACUUGUUCAUGAUCAGAACUCAACUUAUACCUGUCCAUGAAAUUCCAAAAUGAAUUUUCUUUUAUAAAAAUUUUAUUGAUUGGAAUUCCAUCGAGUGGAAAAACUUGAUAGACUGCCAGGACUUUAUUACUUUUACUUGAAUUUUCUGGUGAAUCUAAAAUCUUCUUCACAACCUUUUCAGCAGCAGAAAGUUUUUUAGAUUUUUUGGUGGCAUCACUCACAGUAAGAUUAAGAAAAUUGACAUCCUUUUGAUAAAUGUAGUAGUCGAAUACUUUUUGAUUGAUGAAAAUAGUAUGAUCAGACUGAAUCUCAUGAUUACGACACAAAAAGUCAAAGUAUCGAUUUGGAAUCGAUCUGAGUUGGAAGUUCAAUUGUCGAAUGUGAAAUCUAAAUUGAAAUUCCUGCACAAACUUUGCAAUUAAAUACACAGGAAAGUAAUGUGAUGGAAACCUUGGGUAACGCAAUUUGCACACAUAAAGC